GAGGGGACGUUGCCCCUGCCCGCCUCCCGCCGCCCCCCGCCCUCGGGCUCCCGAAUCUCAGUCGGCGCCCAGCAUCCUGCUGCCCCGGACCCUCCCGCAGGCGCGCACCGGGCUCUACUCAGACUCAGGACUGCAGGUGGACAUCUCCAUUGUCCAAGAAUCAUUGAGUGUGCAGACAGGACAGCCUCCUUGGAAGGCCGGCUAUACCAGAGUCCUGCCUCGGCAUGGGCCUUGCCAUUGAGGCAACCCCGCUAUCUGUGCUGGUCUGAGGGUGCUGCCCGUCAUGGGGUCAGCCAUCUCCCAGGGGGCCCUCAUAGCCAUCGUCUGCAACGGCCUCGUAGGCUUCUUGCUGCUGCUGCUCUGGGUCAUUCUCUGCUGGGCCUGCCACUCCCGCUCUGCUGACAUCGACUCGCUCUCCGAAUCCAGUCCCAACUCCAGCCCUGGCCCCUGUCCUGAGAAGGCACCCCCACCCCAGAAGCCCAGCCAUGAAGGCAGCUACCUGCUGCAGCCCUGAAGGUCCCUGGCCUAGCCUGGAGUCUGGGACCUAAGUCUACCCCACCCAGAGCCUGGAAUCAAGAUCCCAAGGUCCAGCCGGCCUGGGGUCCAGAACUCGGAAUACAGCCUGUCUGGAGCUGGACCUAGCAGCCCAGAGUCUAGCCAGCUUGGCUCCAAGAGGGGCUCUGGUGGCCCUAGGUAGAUAGGCCCGGGGUGGGCAUUUAUGAGUUGGUGCUAGGGCCAGGGCCAUCUGGACUCUGCUCCAUCCCAAGGGCCGGGGUCUGGGUCCAUCCUCUCCCCUAGGCUGAGUGCUUCUAGGCCCUCUCCGUUGGGGAAGCAAACUGGAAUCCAUGGCAAUAAUGGGAGGGGGUCCAGGCUGGGCCCCUCCUCUGGUCCUCCCACUGUUUGCUGGAUAAUAAAUUGAACUAUGGCUCUAC